AUGAUAACUGCGGUUGCGGCUAUACUCCACGAUCAGAUUUCUGUUGAUACGGACAAGCGUUUCGUUGAGGAACGACCAGAAUGGAGGGUCUUCAACGAGCAGCUGUACUGUGGAAGUAAAGCUGAUGAUACAGUGACCAACCCAACCCUUGGAUCAUGCACGGGCGAGCUGUAUCCCACCGUUGAGGAAAUCCGCGAUUUUAUUGGCGUGCUUUACGAUGCGGCAGAGUAUUCCCCCGAGUGUAAUGUUCUCGCCCUCCUCUUCAUAAAUCGAUUGAUCGCUUUUUCUGGCAUGCCGCUUCGCUCUUCGAACUGGAGGCCGCUUGUGUUCACGGCUGUAAUCGUCGCUCAGAAAGUGUGGGACGACCAGGUGUUGACAAACGCGUCUUUCGCGUAUCUUUAUCCGUUUUUUACCGUCGAAGAGGUGAACAAGAUGGAAGCAGCCUUUCUCUCGUUGCUGCACUUUGAGGUCGUCGUAAAACCAUCGACAUACGCGAAGUAUUAUUUUGAACUGCGCUCAAUGCUACAGGAUUCGUCCUCUCAGGAACCAGCUUUACCUCCCAUAUCCGCGUCUGUGAAGCAACAACUGGAAGCCAGAUCCGCUCGUUUUCAGCGAGCCGCCUGCAGGAAGCUCGCAGACUGGAAAGCUCAGACAAUGUCUUGA